CUACCCACGCCGCCAUUGGUGGCUACAGCUAAUAAUCACCAGGUCACGGCCAGAGAUUCCCUGCCGGCACAUGGUGACAGCCGAGGAACACUGACAGGGGAGAGGUCUGUAUGUAAACAAUACAGAUCUCUCCCCUGUCAACACCAGCAUGUUGCUUUGUAUUGCUGUGCAUAGCAGAGCAAUACAAAGCAACACAGAGGCCACAUAGCUAAACAGCACACAGCACACAGUUAACCCUUUGAUCACCCCAGAUGUUAACCCCUUCCUGCCUAGAGUCAUUAGUACAGUGUCAGUGCUCUUUAUUAGCACUUAUCACUGUAUUAGUGUCAUUGGGGAUGUCAGUGGCAGUUAGUUCCCCCUCAGUUUCAGAGUGCCCACCACAGUCCCGUUAUAAUUCGCUG